AUUGAUGUACAAUAUUUCACCAUCUUCCUGUACCGUAUCUUCCUGUCCGUCCCUCUCCGGCCCCUUCAUGUUUGUGAGCGAAACGACCGUGGCCGUGGGCGUUUUAUGAAUUUUUAUGAUAAGUUCAUAUCUCGGUGAUCACGCUUGGACUCUUUGAAUUCAAAAGUUAGCGUCGACCGGUUGGCUGACGGAGUGUGAGAGGCCGAGAGGUGUUCACCAUGAGGACCCCAUAUAAGGUGGGGCUGGUCAUGGGGCUAGCCUGGCUGGUUAGUCUGAUCUACCUCACCACGUCCUUCUUCCCUCCCAUGGAGUCUGAAGAAAGACGUAUCAAGUCUGUCGAGCUGGAGAAUCUUGCCAAGGAGCUCGUCAACGUCAGGCAACAAUAUCAAGAACUGAAGAAACAUACUCAAGAAUUAAAAGACCUUGUAGCUAGUUCAUCUAACAAUGGUGCUAAUGAUGGAGGAGUAGAUUACAUGAGAAACAAAUUAAAAGAUGCCGAAGAAAUUAUAUCGAGAAUGGAAAAGGAAAGUAAAGGAAAAAUUCAGGAUACGAGGCAGCAGGGAUCAGACUCGGAUUCCAAUCAACAGUACUGUGGGUCGGAGCCCUCGAACGCCUAUGAGAAGAUUAGAAGAAAAGUGGAUAAUGGAGUGACAGAGAUCUGGUACUACAUGAGGUCACAACUCAACCAACUCAAGAAGUCCAGCGGGGAUCAGAAAACCCAAGUCAAAAUUGAUCAGAUUUUAGAAAAUGGUGGAGAACAGCAAAGGUCUAUUAUGACAGAUAUCUACAAUUUAAGCAGAGCGGAUGGGUUCUCGUCAUGGAGACAGAAAGAGGCAAAGGAGCUAACAAAACUAGUGCAACAGAGGCUACGCUACCUACAGAAUCCGAAGGACUGCAGCAAGGCAAAGAAGAUCGUCUGCAACCUGAACAAGGGGUGCGGCUAUGGAUGCCAAGUACACCAUGUGGCCUACUGCAUGAUAGUAGCCUAUGCCACAGAGAGGACCCUCAUCUUAGACUCCAAAGGGUGGAGGUAUGCCAGGGAGGGGUGGGAGAAGUUCUUUCUGCCCCUCAGCGAGACCUGUCUCGAUCGGAAAGGGGAGUCAUCAGGCAGAUGGGGAGCUCCUAGCAAUAUUGAACACCUCCAAGUGGUGGAGCUCCCCAUCGUAGACGGCCUUCACCCUCGCCCAGAGUUUCUCCCCUUGGCGAUCCCUGAGGAUAUCUCCCAGAGGCUGAUGAGGAUACAUGGACACCCGAUCGUCUGGUGGAUGGGGCAGAUCAUGACGUACAUCCAGAGACCGCAGCCAGCCCUCCAGGAGGACAUCGACAAGAUGAGCCAAGCCCUGGGGUUCACUAAUCCCAUUGUUGGCUUACACGUAAGACGGACAGACAAAGUUGGGACCGAAGCAGCCUUUCAUGGGAUAGAGGAAUAUAUGUUUCAUGCCGAGGAAUUUUACCAGAGACUGGAGAGGAGACAAGAAGUGCCUGUUAGGAAAAUUUACCUAGCAACGGAUGAUGCCAGUCUUCUCAAAGAAGCAGAGAGAAAAUACCCCAAAUAUACAUUUGUGAGCGACAAUGCAAUAUCAAAAUCAGCUGGCCUUUCGUCGAGGUACUCCGAGGAUUCCUUACGUGGUGUCAUCGUUGACAUUUAUUUCCUGUCUCGUUCUGAUUUUCUUGUGUGCACAUUUUCAUCACAGGUAUGUAGGGUAGCGUACGAGAUGAUGCAGGAUCUCCACCCGGAUGCUGCUGCCAACUUCCGUUCCCUUGACGACAUCUACUACUACGGCGGGCAGAACGCCCACGAGCAGACCGUGCUGUACGAGCACAAGCCGCAAGGUUCCGAUGAAAUAGAGAUGCGGCCCGGAGACUCCAUAGGCGUGGCUGGCAACCACUGGGACGGCUACUCCAAAGGGUCAAACCUCAGGUCGACGCCAAGACGAGCCGGUCUUUAUCCAUCGUAUAAAGUUGAAGACAAAACGAACAUUGCCAAGAUGCCUACUUAUCCAGAGGCUGAGAACUUCCAGUUAUAACCCAAAGCCGCUUGUCUGUUUGUCAGCAAGUUUGUUUGUCUGUGUGUUCGUCUAUAUUUGUUUAGUCAUACAUGUAGUAUAGACAAUUAGAACUAGGACUGUAGUAUACAUGGGCUGUAGUAUUUCAAUCUGGCACUUUUCCCUUCCUUUUUGAAAGCCAGUUUUAAGGGAAUUAUCUAGAUGGAAAUCCAAUCUGAUUAUGUGAUUCAAACCCAAGAGAAAGUGGUUCUAAAUGAUUUGUAUAUGUUAGAUCAUGCGUGAGACAGUUGAUGGUUGAUGGUUUGUUUUACCCGACCGUUAUGGCUCAUGUGUGCUUGUAAAAAAGCAACAAGGGGACCAACGGCUUUAAGUUCUCUCCAAGGGAAUUAGUAAUGAGGAUUAAUGCCAGACCAAAAGGCAUGAUCGCAUCGACUUGGUUUCAAACCCGGGACCCUGCUUUACCACUGAACACUCACGCUGACUAUGAUAGCAUUUCCCAACCAGUUUGGUGGUGGAAGGAUAGGAGAUCUUCUACUUUAAAACGACCCUUUUUUUUUCACAAGAAUACCCCAAACUGCAUAUCUUGUCACUUGUAAUUUUAACUAUUUGAGGUGCACCUCUAAAUGGUUUGUUAUUUCCUUAAAAAUGUGUUGUGAUGAAUAUUAUAUUCAUACAUGGUGUAUGAAAUCGAGUCAUUUGCUAUUGAUGAUGAUGAUGAUGAUGAUUCACAGCAUUUGUAUGGCGCAAUAUAUCUGUUUAAAAAAACAUCAUUAUCAACACAGUGGUGUCAGCAUGUCUUUGGAAAUUUGUAUCCUUUUUGGUAUAAAACACAAGAUGUGAUGGGUUGGAUUUGUGAAGGAAUGCGUGAAAUUGGAAGUAAAUAUUCUGAAACAACCAAUGUUUUUAACAGUAAUGUGGAGCAUGCUGAAAUUGUUUGAAGCCAAAGAGGGCAUCAUAAGGGUGUUUUACUCAGAGCCAUAUAUGCACAGAGUUUGGCCAGCUGUGAGUUCAGCUGGUCACCACAGGAUGUAUGUUCUCUUAUUCUGUGCUUCUCCCUACAAUGCCGUAUUCGCCAUAUUGUACCGAACUCAAACCAGCUUGGCCAAACUCUCUUGAUCAAUGCCAUUGGUUUUACUGUUGGCAUGGUGUGGUAUGGUAUUAAAUACCAAAACAUGGCUGAAGUCUGCUCUUCUUUAGUCCACCUUGUUCCCCUUUAGCAAUACUUGUUGUUCUUCAACUUCUAUUAUUAGAAUAUCGUGCAAAUUUGCAUAGAAAUACACUCAAAGCUUAAUAAGGGUAUACAAAUACCAUAUGAGUUUAUUACUUUCUGGUAUCUUUUGAAGAAAUCAGAAAUUGAUUCUGAGAUUAUAUACAUUUUAUUGCAUGAGCAUUUCUGUUGCCAAAAGAAACGCAAUGUUGUCUCGAACUUUAAACAUCUCAAAUUGAUCAUCUCAUUGUAAAAGGAACAUCUCGUUUUGUCACCCAUUCAUGUAUUAUGAUAACUAGGCAAAAAGAUUUACAGCUCCCGGAAAAGGCUGUUGCAUUGAGUGCACUUAUAAAGCAGAAAUUGCUUUUUUUUUCAUGUACAAACCUUUGUACUCACAUAAUUUCAACACAUUUUUUUGAAAAUAACGAUUUCAUUAAAAGUGUUUUAUUUCACUAAAUUAGUCGGAGAAUUCAUUUCCUAGAUUCAAAUCAGAUUUUGUAGUUUUAGACUGUAUAGAAAAUCAAUAUUAGGAAGUAAUUUUCAGUAUUAUUUAUGUUUUGGAAUCAUGUGUUAAUGUAACAGAUAGUGCCUAAUUUUCUAUUGAUCAUGACUGUGAACAGUGUGAAGUAAGAUUGUAAAUUGAAUUUCAUUGUGAAAGAGAUUAUGUGAAUACCAAAUUUUGUACUACAUUAUAAAAGUAUAUCGUAGAGAAUCUUUAACAAAAUAAUAUUAUAUGUACAUGUAGAUCUGUGUAUGUACUAUGUGGUGGUCCCAAAUUUCCUUGUUUUGGAGCCAGAUGAUGUAUUUAGAAAGUAUUUUACGAGUUGUCUGCUAUAGCUUUGUAAAUAUCAUUGAUUUUGAUGCAGACAUACAGAGGGAAUUAGUUUUAAUGCAGGGACUGGAUUGAAAUGAGUUUAGAGCUUUACAAAGUUUGUACACAAUUUAUUCCAAUUAAUCAUUGUGAACAAAUGAAAUUCAUUUCAUCUGUUGCAAAUUAUACAUGUAUAAAUGGUACAACUUGUAGUUCUUGCAUGAAGAUUAUAGUUGGGUUCUCUUUGUCACUUCUUCACCCUAUUACCUGUAUUCAUUAAAGCAAACCAAAAAAGGUUCAGUAUGUCAAGUGAGUUUAUGGAUUUAUGAAGCACCAAGUCGACCUCUUUAUGCCACAAAAGUUGCUGCAAGUUGCUAUUAAACUCAGUGAAGAAAA